GCGCCAACCAAACCAAAAUGGCGACUGAGAAAAUCUUUCUUGAAAAAUAACGAUUUUAUUGGACUUUUCUACCUUAAAAAGACCGGGAAAAUGCAGCUUCGUUAUAUGAAAACAUUGAUGAACCCUCAGGAUGGUGCCUGCAAGGUCACGGCUAUUGCCUGGGCACCAAACAACCAAAAGAUGGCAGUGGUAACAAUGGAUAGAGUCGUUAUACUCUAUGAUGAACUUGGUGAAAGACGAGAUAAAUUUUUAACCAAGCCAGCUAAUUCCCAGGAUGAUGAAAGAGGGGGUUAUGCAAACAUUGUUGCCGCUACCAUGGAAGUGGGUUUGGACAUGGGAGAGAAGAAAGUGAUUUGUAAUAAGUUUGUCCAACAAAGUGCAGUUACUUGUAUGAUCUGGCCACCAGAACAACAAAGUGUUAUCUUUGGCUUAGCAGAUGGAAAGGUACGGUUGGCCAAUCUGAAAACAAACAAGUCACAAACAAUUUAUGGGACUGACAGUUAUGUUGUCUCAUUAACAUCGAAUACUUCAGGUAAAGGCAUACUGACAGGGCAUGCUGAUGGUGCUAUUGUAAGAUAUUUCUUUGAUGAUGAAGGGACAGGGCUAUCACAGGGACAACUGUGUAAACAUUCCUGUGCUCCCUACUCUCUGUGCUGGGGAUCAUCUAUUGUUGCUGCAGGCUGUGACAAACGAGUGGUCGCCUAUGGAAAAGAAGGUCGUGUACUCCAGAACUUUGAUUACUCCAGAGAUGAUGACGAGAAGGAGUUCACAGUGGCAGUGUGCAGCCCUAGUGGACAAUCUGUCGUGAUUGGAAGUUUUGAUAGAUUGAGAGUGUACAACUGGAGUCCAAGAAAAGGUGGUUGGGAUGAAUCCAAGAUGAAGGAGAUACCAAACCUCUACACCAUUACUGCACUGGCGUGGAAGAGAGAUGGAUCCAGGCUUGUUGCAGGCACCCUUUGUGGUGGUGUAGAACUGUUUGACUGCUGCCUCAGAAGAUCCAUAUACAAGAACAAAUUUGAGAUGACAUACGUUGGUCUUAGCCAGGUCAUUGUGAAAAACCUCUCAUCAGGUACCCGUGUUGUUCUCAAGUCUCACUAUGGCUAUGAGGUUGAUAAAGUUAGUAUCAUGGGUAAGGACCGCUACUUGGUUGCGUACACAACAGAUACCAUACUAGUCGGGGAUCUCAACACUAACAAGCUCAGUGAGGUUCCAUGGCAAGGAUCUGGUGGCAACGAGAAGUUCUUCUUUGAAAAUGAGAAUGUUUGCAUGAUAUUCAACGCAGGAGAGCUCUCAUUGAUCGAAUAUGGUAACAAUGAAAUCCUUGGUACAGUAAGAACAGAGUUUAUGAAUCCACAUCUAAUCAGUGUGCGUUUGAAUGAACGUAAACAGCAAGGCAUUGAUGAUAACAAGAAGAUGGCUUACCUGGUUGAUCUGAAGACUAUCAGUGUUGUGAACCUGAUAACUGGAAUCAUUGAAGCAACUGUUGGUCAUGAUUCUAAGAUUGAUUGGUUAGAGUUGAAUGAAACUGGAAAAUAUCUCUUGUUUCGUGACAAAAAGCUAAAGCUUCAUUUGCUGAAUGUAGAGUCUCAAACGCGAACUACAGUCCUGAACUACUGUACCUAUGUUCAGUGGGUGCCAUUAAGUGAUGUUGUGGUGGCUCAGAACAGAGGUAACCUGUGCAUUUGGUACAACAUUGACUCACCUCAAAGAGUUACCAUGUUCCCAAUUAAGGGUGAGAUCAUAGACCUAGAACGAGUAGAUGGUAAAACAGAGGUGAUAGUGAAUGAAGGUGUCACAAACAUAUCCUACACACUGGACGAAGGGCUGAUUGAAUUUGGAACUGCUAUAGACGACGGAGACUAUGUCAGGGCAGUGACAUUCCUGGAGAGUCUUGAAAUGUCACCUGAGACAGAAGCAAUGUGGAAGACACUGAGUAGACUGGCUCUAGAGGCCCGACAGCUUCACAUAGCUGAGCGAUGCUUUGCUGCUCUUGGUGAUGUGUCCAAGACAAAAUCACUGAAGCAGAUCAACAAGAUAGCCGAUCAAGCAGCUGAAGAGAUGGGAGGAGAUGGCACAAACCAUGUUCUUGUUCGUGCUAAACUCGCUGUUCUUGACAAGAACUUCAAGAUGGCAGAAACAAUCCUUCUGGAACAAGGACAUGUAGAUGAAGCCAUUGAGAUGUACCAGGAACUUCACAAGUGGGAUGAAGCUAUUGCUGUAGCAGAGGCUAAGAGUCAUCCUGAGCUGGAGAACUUAUGUGCCAAUCACUAUCAUUGGCUGUCAGACACUGGUCAAGAGGAGAAGGCAGGACAGGUAACUAAAGAUGCACUUUUAAACAAAAAAAUGACACUCGGGGGAAUGAAACAUGCGGUUGAAUUGUCUCGAAUCACCUAUCCACAUGAGGUGGUCAAACUUGAAGAAGAAUGGGGUGAUCACCUGGCCACACAAAAACAAUUGGACGCUGCUAUCAACCAUUACAUAGAAGCUGGUUGUUCAGUCAAAGCCAUCGAAGCAGCAAUCCAAGCACAUCAAUGGAACAAAGCAGUGCAGAUUGUUGAACUACAGGAUGAUAUUGUAGCUGAGAGAUAUUACCACCAGAUAGCACAACACUACGCACAAGUACAUGAAUACAAGCUGGCAGAGAAGUUUUACGUCAAGUCAGGGGAUCCGCGAGCAGCGAUUGAGAUGUACACCAAGGCCAACAUGUACGAGGCUGCACACAAGAUUGCUGUCCAAUGUAUGAAACCAGAGGAAGUCGCUGUGCUGUACAUAUCACAGGCACAGGAGCUUGAAGCACAAGGUCGCUUCAAAGAAGCUGAAAGAUUAUACUGCACAGUUGAUGAACCUGAUCUGGCAAUCAACAUGUACAAGAAACUAAGACAGUUUGAUCAGAUGAUCAGGCUUGUAACUAUUUAUCACAAAGAUCUCCUGGUUGAUACUCACCUUCACCUCGCUAAGGAAUUUGAGAAUGAAGGGCAACUGCUUAAAGCUGAGCAUCACUACCUUGAAUCAAAAGACUGGAAGGCUGCAGUGAAUAUGUACCGGGCAAACGACAUGUGGGAAGAGGCUUAURGAACUGCGAAACAAAAUGGCGGGCCAAAUGCAGCAAAGCAAGUUGCAUACCUGUGGGCUAAAGGACUUGGUGGUGAUUCUGCUGUUAAACUACUGACCAAGUUUGGGUUAUUAGACGCAGCCAUUGACUAUGCAGCAGAAAACUGCGCAUUUGAUUUCGCAUUUGACCUGGCUCGUACAUCAAUGAAGCACAAACUACCUGAUAUUCACCUGAAGUACGCCAUGUACCUGGAAGAUGAAGGCAAGUACAGCGAGGCAGAGUCACAGUUUGUCAAGGCAGGAAAAGCUAAAGAAGCGGUGCUCAUGUAUGUCCAUAACCAUGACUGGGACAGUGCACAACGAGUUGCAGAAGAACAUGAUCCUGACAGUGUAGCUGACGUGAUGGUAGGACAGGCACGUGUGGCAUUCGAACGCAAGGAGUACCAAAAGACAGAGACGUUCUUACUGAGGGCCCAACGUCCUGAACUCGCUGCUAAAUAUUACAAGGACGCGGGUAUGUGGACUGAUGCUCUAAGAGUGGUCAAGGAAUACCUUCCACACAAGCUUGAGCAGUGGCAAGAUGAAUACGAUAGAGAAGUCCUUUCCAAGGGCAACAGAGGCGCAGAAUCUUUACUAUCACAAGGGAAAGAAUGGGAAAAGAAGGGCGAGUAUAACCGAGCAAUAGACAUGUACAUGAAGAUAACCCCUAGCAUGACUACAGAUCAGGAUCUGGUCGAAGACGCUAUGGUCAAGGCUGUAGAACUUGCGAUGAAAUUCGUACCAGAUCGUGCUGUAGAUGUUGCCAGUAUUGCUUGUCCUAGACUGGCAGACGUCAAGGCAUACGAACAAGGUGCUGAGCUGUAUCUGGGAGUAGAGAUGAUCAAAGAAGCUAUUGAUAUGUACAUUGAAGGAGAACUGUGGCCUAAAGCUAAACGAUGUGCUGCUGAAAUGGCCCCAAAGUACGAGCAAUAUGUUGAGGAUGCCUAUGUCAACUUUUUGAAGAACAAGGGACAAGCAGAACAGCUUGUUGACGUUGAUGUCAUAGCAGGCCUAGAUAUGAUGGUUCAACGUGGUCAGUGGGAUAAAGCCAUUGAAACUGCUGAACAGCAGGGAUACGAGGUGCUUAGUAAGUACGUGGCACUGUAUGCAGCUAACUGUAUUAAAGAAGGCGAUUCACUCAAGGCAUUGGAACUGUUUGCUAGAUAUGGAGCUCCAGCAAACUCGCAGGUAAGAAAGACGUCAUCCAAAGCAGGCGACACUGGAUCACCCCAGGCGCAAGAGUUUGAUAACAUGCUUCAAGUUACUCACUACUACAGCUGUCGGGCUGCCAGUCUGCAGCAGAAAUCACUGGACACUAUAGCAGCCAAGCUCUCUAUAUCCCUGCUAAGACACUCUGAUCUUGUCCCCUGUGACAAGGCUUUCUACGAAGCUGGGCUAGCAGCUAAGAGCGUUGGUUGGGAAAAUAUGGCCUUUGUGUUCCUCAAUCGAUACCUGGAUUUGAGUGAGGGUAUCGAGGAAGGCUCACUGGACAUGCUGGAUAACAGUGGUUUUGCUGAUACGGAUAUUCCAUUUGAAGUCCCUGUACCCGAGAAGCAGUUCCUGCCGGAAGAAAAACGGGAAGAAAUAAAGGAAUGGGUGUUGGCAGUGUCCAUGGACCAAAGGGUCGAACAAGUUCUUCCUACAGACGAACGAGAUACUUACGAAGCAUCUUUGGUUGCUAUAAACACUGGGAUUCAAUCUCUGCCCUGCGUCAUUACAGGUUACCCAGUGCUCCGCAACAAGAUUGACUUCAAACGGCCAGGGAAGGCCGCGAACAAGGAAGACUGGAACAAGUUUAUCAUGGCAACAAAGGUUUCUCACAGCCCAGAGUGUCAAGACGUGCUUCGUUUCCUUGGUCACUGGUGUGGCGCGCCUCAGAACCCGUCAUACUCGUUUAACUAGUUAUAGCCUUUGCUUGGUCACUUGUGUGGUACGCCUCAGAACCCGUCAUACUCGUUUAACUAGUUAUAGCCUUUGCUUGGUCACUUGUGUGGUACGCCUCAGAACCCGUCAUACUCGUUGAACUAGUUAUAGCCAUUUUUUGGUCACGCAUUCGGAUAUUUUAGUCACACUUUUGUGUAUCAAGCACAGAUUUUAAUUUAUUUCACCUUUUAUAAGACGUACGCGAAGAAAUUCGGUAAUUCUUGCUUUAGGAAAGUUCUUGUGUGACUUUGAAAAACUAAAGACAUUAGACGGAUGUUCCAUGCCAGGCCGUGCCCAUGGACACAGCAGUGAUAUUGUCACUCAUGUUUGAAAUCCAACCUAUUAGGCAUUCCAGUGUUACGAUUGACCACUCGGCCACUAAAAACAGACAUACAUCAGUCAGAACCCUUAUACAACCUUUACCAGAAGUUCCCCUAAUUGUCAGACUCAUAUUAGACGUUGAGAACUUAAUCUACCAAUCAAACUCCACAAACGAUAGUCCACGUUGCUUCUCGAUCUCUGCUUGGUGCUUUACACAGCUUACGUUACAGUUUGGCUUGACUUAGAAAUGCUCUUUAUUCAAUAGGUUUAUUUAUGGUAGACAUGUCUAUACCUUACUAAUAUAUAACACUAUCUGUAAAUAUAUCUGUAAUUUAUAUGAAAUGGAUCUAAUAUAUCAAUAAAAAACAGGAUCGUAUAUCGUA